AUGUUGCCUCAUCACACGCACCAAGAUGGUGGAAUUGUAGACGUGGGAACAGAGUUUUCCCUAGAACCGGAUCCAGUCGCACCUCAACUUUCGCGAUCACUUCAAAGAGGCGCAACGUCACCACCAGGAUCCAACAUCCCUCGCUCACUUUCAUUUCGGCCACCCAACGGCGCCAAAAAAGGCCAAUCAUCGAACCCCCCCGACGAUGUUGCGACGGAUGCCAAUUAUUCCACAGAAGGGGGAGUUCAUCCGGUCCCAAAAGCAAAAAGGGUUGUACAGGUGAAGCGUGGCAAUAAACUACUCCGCCUCUUUGGGGUUGAACGUACUUCAGUUCAUGAUCUCCAAGUUACAACAGUCGAUGAGUUCUCUGAUGGCGAGGCUGAGACCCAAUAUGAGAAAUACAUUGACUAUCUCCGCAAUGCACCCCCAGAGAAGAAUCCCUUAGACCAUUUUCGCAAGAUUAGCAGAAUGCUGAUGCCCCAGCGCGCGUUAGCCUCUAAAAUGGGUACCGAAACCCAGGAUCUCCCUGUCCCUUUCAUUCAAUUCACAGGACUGCACAACGAGGGCGAGGUGAUGUUUUUGCACGCGGCAUUGUUUCGCAUAAGAUAUCGACCUCCUAUGCCUGUAUGCUAUGUCGUACAGCAGAUCGAACUCCUGGCAGAUGAUGCAAGUGAGGCUGAGACACUGAAUGCCAAUACAGGCACUCUUUGUGGUGCACUAGUCGCCAUCGGUACGGGAAACGACCGCCAAAUCAGUACUAUCGGCGGUAUCAUCGAAAGCAGCGAAGGGUAUUUAGCUCUCACCACCAGCCACCAUUCUAAUGAUACCGUUGAUGCCUUACCUCAGCUCAAGAGCUUCUUCUCGAUGCUUGACGUCAACUUUGAUAAAGUUCUCAAUGCUAGUAUAAACUCUCAGCCGGAGAACUUCAGACUGGAUGAAGACGGGGAUGAUAUUCCUCCACCGCUCGUGGUAGACACGGUCCCUACCCACAAAACACCAGCAGUUCCCCAGCAGAGUGGCAAGGCUAACGCUAGGACGGCUUCUGAUAGUCCUGAUGCUGGUCCGCUAGGCAAGGUUUUACACAUUGGAACUGAUUGGUCUAUAUUGCGAUUAGCCGAUCAAAUCGUUCCGCCAAAUUGCAUUGAUGAAAGACUAGUGACGCUGGGCGAACAGCCUCUCCAGGAUAUUCUGAAUGACGUGGUCUUCUUGAGUCGAGCCGCUUCGGAGCCAGAGGCAUGCGAAGUUCUUGUUUGUGGGGGGCGAGGCGGCUUGAACAAGCUUGACCUGACAAAGAAACCGGCCGAUUUGAUGCUUCCUUCAGGGGUCUGGAUACGACCUUGGAAAGCAAAGCAUAAACCAGCCUUGGCGUGCAAGUUGCAGCGAGGAGAUUCUGGUGCUUGGGUUGUGAAUAUUAAUACCCGCACCGCCUAUGGCCAUGUCAUGGCUGUCACUCCAGAUGACGUAUUGAUACAACCACUUGUGGAUAUCUUCCAGGAUAUUAAGAAUAAGAACAACCUGGACGUCAAGAUAGCAUCACCAUUUGGGCAGCUAGCAAAUCUUUCCAAGCACUACUAUUUCAGCAACGAGCAUCACUUGGCAAUUAGUCUUGCGCGAAAAGCUUUGGAUCCAGGAGUGAUAUCUCAGUCAACAGAGGGGCCACAAGUAACAGCCAUGCUCCAAGGUUUUAUGAAAAAUGCCGAUAAAAGGGACAAGUUACUCCCGAAGUAUUCCAGAAACCAUCUAGCCGACUUCCUUAUAAACCUGAUAAUGUGUACCGGGCGAGAUAUUGACCUCAGUCGCUCUCCUAGGUGGACCGACGAUUGGACAGCUAUGUUUGGUACUCCGAUGAGUAUGAUCGAACAUGUCAAUUAUUUGAAAGGAGCUGGAGGUCUGCCGACACUUGAUGAGAUUGAGGCAGCCUCAGGUCGAAAGACGGUUUCAGAUCAGGACCGUCCGAGGACGCGUUCCCGAGUCCGGGACGUAACGGCUCAAAGACAUCACGAGACCAAAGCUUUGAAGGUGCCAGACAAGAUCAUAAAGAGAGCAUAUAAUUGGGUUUCGAGGCUUUUCAACCAGUCCGAGUUGCAGUUCACGAUGGUAGGACUACCAGGUUGCGGUAAAUUGGAUCUCUUGCGUGGCAUCUCACACCACGAUUUAACCACAGCCCCAAUGUCCAUCGUCGGAUUCAACACCACACGUAUACAACGGAACGGGAUCACUGCGAAGAUCUGGAAUCUCAGUGAAGAUGCGGAGUGGCGACUGAAUUGGGGAAAAUACUCCAGAGGAGUCGACGGCGUCGUGUUUGUAGUGGACACAGAGGAUACAGGGCUUUUACCCGAAGUGCGUCGACAGAUCCUCAUGUUAAUGAGCCAGCCCACGCUUUCUGGCGUCUCCCUUAUAGUAUUCGGGAAUAAUUCUAGUGAUCGGAAGGGAUUGACGAUAGAGGAGUUGAAAGCCAAGUUGAAUUUGGAGCAGAUAAUGAACGGUCGGCGUGUUGAUAUCUGGCUUGGUGAUGAGGCGAAGUUUGAUAUGCUUCUUGGCUCCUUACUUAAUAGGAGAAACAUUUCGACCGACCAAGUUAGCGAGGUCUUUGAAAAGGCCAAAGCUGACUUUCUGAACGGGAUCAAAGAUCAGAAGCUGCGCAGUCAGCUUCAGAAAGCGACCACAAUUGACGACAUUUGGGACUACACGGAACAGCUCCAAAAGGACCAGGCAAGCAAUAAGCGACUACGAGGCAUGAAGAGGAUCGGACCUUAUAUCGAGCGACUGCAAGAAUACGCCGGGGUAAUUGAGGUCUUUGUCCAAGUCAAGCCGGAUAUUCUGGCUCUCAUCUGGGGACCGAUCAAGCUCUUGCUACAGAUCUCGAGUAACCUCGUUGCUUCCUUUGAUGCGAUUCUUGGCGUGAUGAAGAACAUGGGGUCCAUUCUUCCUCGAUUUAACGAAUUCGUUCCGCUGUUCAAGAAUAAUGAGCGCAUGAAAUAUGUUCUGGGAUUGUUCUUCCAGGACAUCCUUGAUUUCUACCUCGUUUCUCUACGAUUCUUUGGGCUUACUCGCUGGAAAGUGUUUUUUGAGUCAUUGUGGCCAGCACGCCGAGCCGAGAUACAAGUCAUUGCUGAAAACAUAGAAAAGCACAGGCUUUUGCUUUGCAAUGAGAUCACACUCAGUGACAUUCUGGAAGCUCACACAGCGCGGAAGAAGGCUCUUGAGCACUACGCUGAGACACGAGAAUUCCAAGAGCGUCAGGACUUUCAUUCUAUGGAGACUUAUAUACGCCCUCCCUCUUACGAUGCAGACCUUGAUCGCAUUCGAAAUACUCGGUGUGAAGGGACUGGUUCUUGGCUAGUUCAGGACCAGCAAUUUGUGAGUUGGGCUGAAGGAAAGGAGAAAUCUUCCCAAGUUCUAUGGCUUCAAGGUAUCCCUGGAGCAGGGAAGACCUUCCUAGCAUCGACAGCGGUUGAGAGGACGAAAGAGUUAGGUCAUUCGCUAUUUGUCUUUCUCAGUUAUACAAAUGCUCUGGACUCCCCUCUCCCUAUCUACCAUUCCUUGAUCUUUCAGCUCGCUUCACAAGAUCGAGACUUGCGAACUGUGCUCUGCUCAACCAUCCUGAGCACCACUAAAGACUUGAAACGCGAUCUGAAAGGUGACUCCAAAUUCGCGCUCAACAUCUUCACAAAGCUGCUCCAGGCCGCAGGCCCAACAUACAUUACGAUUGACGGCCUCGAUGAGAUUGAUGACUGUACCCAACAGACAUUUCUACAUCUACUCCUUGGUGUGCUGAAAAGCUUGCCCAAUGUCAAGCUUCUUGUCAGCAGCCGAAGAGUUGACAAAAUUGAAAGAAUUCUUAAGCCAGUUGCCAUGAUACUACCAAUCGACCGAAAGAACUCUGGUUGUAUCGAGACAUACGUCUCUCAUCGAAGUCAAUACUGGCUUGAUAAUUCAUAUUUCGACAGUGAUGCCCGCUCAGAAGUUCGGCAAUUGCUCAAUCCCUUGGCUUCGAAAGCAGACGGUAUGUUUCUCUAUGCGAGGAUCGUCCUCGAAGAUGUGGAAAUGCUACAAGACUUGGAUUCCAUCCGAGACCAGCUCAGAGCACUCCCUGAGGGUCUCGACGAAGCGUAUGAGAGGAUACUUCAAAGAAUUACAAAACAUCCGUCAGUCGCUCAGAAGCAAUGCAAGAAGCUGUUGUCAUGGAUAACCUGCUCUCCUGUUCAGAUCACUCGCCAUGAGAUGGAACAGGCUUUGAUAAUCCAGGUGGACCAGAAGCGUGUUCCUCCAGUCAGAUCCACUUUAAACACACUACCUCUAUGUGGACCAUUGGUUCAGGUCGAGGACGAGCAUUUGAAGUUUGUCCACUUCACUGUGAAGGACAAUCUCAGGUAUCUUCUUCGACAUCAAAAGAAUAAACUUUUGGAUGAGGGAGAGGCACUUCUCGAAAUCUCGACUACCUGUUUGGCGUAUUUGUGCUCAGAGUGUCUAGACCCGGAUCUCAGUGACGACGAUAUCGAGCGAAACGUUAUAUCUGGGGCAUAUAGGCUACUCAACUUUGCACAACACCAGUGGGCAGAGUGUCUUAGACUAUGCACGAGACAUUUCCGAGAUGAGUUGCCGCCACAGCUUAUCCCCCUGCUGGGUCACAUCGUGCAGGACCUCGCAAAUCCAUACUACAGCCAGGACUCGGAAACAAACCUGGGGCUCUGGAGUCUUGAUAGGUUCAAGUCAAACCUUGAAGAGGUCAAGGCUAUUUCUCGCAGCCUCGACUUGCGAAGUAGUAUGGCUACUUCUUAUGGCUGGCGUCUUGACGAAGAUGAUGGCGGCUGGCCAGAUUUCGAUCCGACGACUAUCUCUGCGACUACAAUACGUGUCCACCGGAUGCUACAGAGCAUUCUAUGCAGCGGAAGCAAACAUGCAAAUGAUUGCCACUGCUCAGACAUUCAAAAGCAUUAUGGCCUCACUGUCAAUAGAUGCCCAUUUAUCUCUUGUCGGUUCCAUCGUUCCUUUUUAAGGAGCAGAACUCUCCGCGAUGAGCAUAUCAGACACCAUGACCGUCCGUUUAAAUGCGCCAUGGAAAGCUGCGAAUACUCGACUCUCGGUUUCUCUUCUCGGGGACAACUUGAACACCAUUGGGCUCAAUGUCACCAGAGGCCAAAUGAGUUUCAUAUUCCCGGAGACCUCAAUACCCGUCAGCGCGAGGAUCUCGAGGCACUCGUGAUGGAGUACAUUAUGAGAGAUGAAGUUCAAGAAAUGGAACGUAUUCUUCCCUCGAUUAUACCACGAUGGCCUUCCGAACCAGCUUUCAGAUCUUCCUUUGAGGGCUUGUUAGCUUCUCAUGGUUCUGUUGCAAUGGCCCGCCUUAUAUUUCGAGAGCAGCUACCAGAUAGCCAUACUCUUGAGAAAUUCAUGCUUAACGCUAUCAAAACUCACAACCUUCCGGUCGUUGCGUGGGCUUUCAGCAAGAGCCUAAUCAAGAAACUACGAUAUUAUAACUUUGAAAUCAUUUCAGAAUUAAUGGCAUCUGAUUAUAUCGAAACUUUCAUUAUCUGGCGAAACGACGCACUAUCCUUGGGCGACUUUUCUUUUGCUUUCACCCAAAAGUAUUUUUAUCGCAAAUGGAGCCCAUUGAUGGAGUCACAAGUAGUAUCGCUGUGGAUUGAGCAGCAGAAACUCGGAAACUUUAGUCAAAAAAGGGCAAAUAAGCUCCUGAAGCUAGUGGCCUCUGGGAACUGCUCUCUCUCGUUGGCUGAGGCUUUAAUCGCUUGCGGCGCCGAUGUUAACUACAGAGCAACCAAAAAUUCUGCAACCCUCCCUCCGUUACACCAUGCGAUGAGGAAGACCAGUGCUGAGGCAGCUGACCUAGUCAAGUAUCUUCUGUUAUCUGGCGCAGAUCCCAAAUUGAAAGUCAUACGCUCAUCAGGGAAGAACAAGGCGCAGGAGAUCGUUCUAUCCUCGGAGCCAGGUGCAAAAGGUAUCUCCAAGUGGCUGGGUAUGUCGUGGGAUGAACUAGUCGAAUGGGCAGUGGAAGAAAGGCGACAAGGUUCCAAAAAUGGAUUGACUUCAGCGUCUUCGACAUUAUCGGCUGAUACAGGGUGA